CAAGAGGCCGAAUAUCGCGUCAUCCCAGCUGGAGGAGGAGGGAGUGAGGGAGAGCCUGCUUGGUCCGUUGCUGUCCCAGUGUCAGCGGUGUGAGUGAGAUAGAGACAUAGAGCGGCCCUGCCUGCGCCAGCCAUCACCAUGGGCAUCCGCAAGAAGACAAGCAAGACCCCCCCGGUGCUCAGCCACGAAUUCAUCAUCCAGAACCACGCAGACAUCGUGUCCUGCUUGGCCAUGAUAUUCCUGCUCGGGCUCAUGUUCGAGAUCACAGCAAAAGUGGCAGUAAUGUUUGUCACGCUACAAUAUAACGUUACCAUUCCAGACGAAGGAGCACUUGUUGAACCAGUUUCUCUGUAUCACUACGGUCUCAAAGAUUUGGCCACAGUUUUCUUCUACAUGCUGGUAGCAAUAAUAUUGCAUGCCGUUAUUCAGGAAUACGUAUUAGAUAAAAUUAACAGGCGUAUGCACUUCUCGAAGACCAAGCACAGCAAGUUCAAUGAAUCUGGGCAGUUGAGUGCGUUUUAUCUUUUCUCUUGUGUUUGGGGAGCAAGCAUUAUUGUAUCGGAGCAUUAUUUUGCAGAUCCUACAAGUUUGUGGAAAGGAUACCCCCACACAAAUUUCCCAUUCCAGAUGAAGUUUUUCUACAUUUCCCAAUUGGCAUACUGGUUUCAUGCAUUUCCAGAGCUGUAUUUCCAAAAAACCAAAAAAGAAGAUAUUCCCCGUCAGCUGGUCUAUAUCGGUCUGUACCUAUUUCACAUUAUUGGGGCAUAUGUGUUAAAUCUGAAUCGUUUGGGUCUUGUACUACUUGUGCUCCAUUACUUCGUAGAGUUUCUUUUUCACAUGUCUCGCCUCUUUUACUUCAGCAAUGAGAGAUACCAGAAAGGUUUCACCCUUUGGGCCAUACUCUUCGUUCUGGGUCGUCUUCUCACCCUCAUCCUUUCAGUUCUGACUGUUGGGUUUGGUCUUGCCAGAGCAGAGAAUCAAACUUUGGAAUUUGAUUCUGGGAACUUCAACAUUUUAGCCAUCAGAUUCAGCGUGCUUGCAUCAAUUUGCAUAACUCAGGCAUUUAUGAUGUGGAAGUUUAUUAAUUUCCAGCUAAGACGAUGGAGAGAGCAUUCAUCCCCUCAGCCGUCCUCUCACAAAAGGAAAUCUGCCCCUGUUAAAGGCAAAUCCUCCCGAAAGGAAAAAGAGAAUGGAGUAAACGGAACAGUGACCUCUAACGGAGCAGGAUCUCCUCGGAGCCGUAAAGAGAAAUCCUCAUAAAGAAGAGUAGAAAAAAAAAAGCGAAAAAGAAGCAUUUUGCAUCCGAUGUACUUUGUUCCCAAAGAGCAGUUGCCUUGUGCUGUACAGAGCCCCACAGCACUAGAAUUCUUACUGUUACAACAUAUAAUGCAAUGUGUUUCUAUCAGACGGUAUGUUGUGAAUCUUCAAACUGUACAGGGUGUUUUUAUUUUCAUUACUUUUAGCAUUUAUUUAAUGCUAGGACUGUCCCAAUCAAGAAGAAAUAUACUGCAAAAAGACAAAUGUACCUGGAUCCUUAGUAAAACACAUUGGUUUGUCAAUUCUAAAGCAGGUUCACACAGCCGAUAACUUAUCCAGGACUGGUACCCGUUUUGCACUGGUGAAAAUAAAAAUCUAACCCCCUUGCUGCCAAAUGGGCCUUGAAAGCAUUCCCAUCUAGCCUCCUGACAGCAUCGGAUUCAAAGCCAAAUGUAUCAAUAGAAACCCCUCCCCAUUUAGUUCAGUUGAUGGGUGGCAGGAAAAGUGCAAAAUUGGAGUAAUUUGAACAAUUUUCAUUAAAGUAUUUCUCUCUCUACCCGGUUGUACAGUUCCAGCAUCCUUCUCUUUUGGUAUGCCAACUAAUAUGUUUAAAAAAAAAAAAAAUGUAAAUGCUGUGAUAAAUGUAUUUUCACUUCAGUUUUUUUAUAAGCCAACUUUUUUCUUAUUUGAUUAAAAGAAUAAAACCUAAAAAAUUGAAUUGUGCACAUUUGCAACAGCAGUGGAUUUUUAUUUUAUUUUAUUUUUUUAACAUUAAUCCUGAUAUUUCAUUUUGAGAAUUGGAUUUUUUUUUCUCCUGCAGUUCUUAACCAUCGUGGAAUCUCUGCAACAAUCGGCAUAGUCUAUUAAUAUAACUUAAGUGCUUCUGCCAUACAUUGCUUGGUGCCACUCAUAAGGGAGUACAUUGCAAUCUGUAUAUUUGGUAAUCAGAUAUACAAAAUAUUCCCAUAAUUUGGCGGGGGCUUGCAUACAGCAAUCCCAUUUAGUUUUAGAUAGUUUUAAUGGUGGUGGAAAUGAUAUUCCGGUAAAUUGUCCUUUUAGGCUCUACAUUAACUCGUGAUUUUACUAGCACAUAGUAUCACUUAAAUUUCCACCUAUCUGAAGUUGAACUUAUCAUGCCCACAUUGGUGGGUCACAAGUUCAGUUUAAUUUAAACAUUUCUAAUCCUAAGUGAGGGAGCCUGCUAAUGUGUGGUGGUGGUGGUGGUGGUAAUGGUGUGUAGAUUUUAUGAAUCCUGUUAACAGUCCAUAAAUUAGCAAAUGAAGUUCAGGAAUGGUUGUCAUUAGUAAUUGCUUUCUUUGGUACUGCAGAUGUUUGUGAUGGGCAAUGCCGUUAGCCAUCACGAACUUGUUCUGCUUCUUCUAAUGGAUUUUGCCACACAAUAUAGUAGUAAUUAUUUUUGUUUUGAUUUGGUUUCAUUUAAUCAAUGAUUGUAAAGGCUGGAGAUGUGGUCCUCUGCAUACAGCAUCUAUAUUUUUCGAUACAAAUAACAUAUAUAUAUAUAUUUAUAUAUUUGCUAAAGAAAGCCUUAAAACGCCUGCUCAGUAUGUCUGUUAUUUGCUGUAAAAAAAAUAUAUUUUUUUUUUUUUUUCUUCAACAUUCAUUGAUUUGAUUUAGACAAUGUUGUCAUCGGAUAUCUAAUUUCAGGACCAGUUUGUAAAUGUUAAUCUGCUGAAAUAAGUAAAACAUUUUGUUCAAUUAGU